AUGGCCGACGAAAAGAAAUCUAGACACUCGUGGAAUCCCUUCUCCAGCCAAGGGCGCACAAGUCCUCAGCCGCCACGACCUCUGUCACAAGGCGAGCCACCAUCACAAGCACCGUCCGACCCGGCCAAGGGACCAAGGCAGCCCGAGCAGCAGCACCUGCAACCGCCGCCGUCGUUCCAGGAAUCGCAGGCGCACGCGGCCCCGCCGGCCGCGGCGGCGUCUUCGUCCUCGUCUUCGGCGCCCGUGUUCCGUUCGCAGUUCGCCUGCGUCACGCUGAACAUGUUUGACCGCAUCCGGCUCAUCAACUUUCCACCGGAGGAGGUCGACGCGGUGCGCGAGGUGGUGAUCCGCGUCUGGCCCGAGGGCAUCAAGGACGUGCGUCCGUACGGCGGCGCGACCGAGAUCAAGUGCCGUAGGUGGCCGUUCUCGUCGGGUCAGUUCAACGGAGAUGACAACUCGCGGCGCCUGGUCAUGCGCCUCGUCAAUGUGCUGUUCGAUAUGGGGUGGGUUCUGCAGACUACCUUGGACAUGAGCAACAAGGAAUAUGACAAAGACGCUCUGUUCUUCAGAAAGCAAUCGCCCCCACCGCCCCCUUGCGAUUGGAUAAUCAUGUCGUUCGACACGUACAGCAAGACCAAAAUCAUCGGCGACCUGCCGCCAGAACUGGCCUCGGGGCUGGUGCAGGUCUUCCAGGGCACAGGCAUCCUCAAGCGUCACGAGUUCGCCGGCGACAGGCUCAAGAUACACCUCCACGGCUACCCGUGGGCGCCCGACGGCCAGGCCACCGUCACGACGCGCAUGAUGAUCAUCAGGGUCCUCGAGUGCAUGGAGGCGUUUGGGUUCAGCGUUUACACCAGCAUGGACAUGACGUGCGGACAGGAGGGGAGGGAGACGGACGUCAUGAUAUGCUGUCGGCAGAAGGGGUGGGUGCAGGGCCAGCCGGUGUGGCAUCGGUGA